UCUACGUCACUUCGUUGCAUUUUUGAUAAAACGCCCUGUCAUGUUGAACAUGAAAUCUAUCUUAAAACCUCUUGUCUAAUCCGCUGAAUAGCUAAGUGCGGCGUUAAACAACAGAUCACGUGACCGAAUUGUCAACGUACGUGUCCGGGGAAGAUGAACGCUGCUUGAAGACAAACAGGGAUAUGUACACACAGCUGGCAUUUUCCUGAGGUUGAACACAGUUGUCUAACGUAUCGGCAACUGUAGACAGGAUACUAAUUGACCAGUACAAUGGCCAUGGCACAAGAGGACCCCUUGACACAGGAUCUCAACUGCCCAAUAUGUCUGGAACCUAUGCAUGAACCAGUGACGCUCUCUGACUGUCAUCACUCAUUCUGUAGACGGUGUCUUCAGCAGUCGAUUCAGGGGGCUCUGGGCACGGACAGGGAUCCAUACGUAUGUCCCCAAUGUCGCAGUCCUUUCGUCCCCAGUGAUGGCAGCAGGGUGAACCACCACCUGCAGAGCAUCCUCAACAGUCACCGGAGGGCACAGGAAAGAAUUGCUUCUGCUGAAACAACAGAGAAGCCAUCCAAGCAAGACAUUGAUAACCUCACAUCCUUCCUGUCUACAGUGGACACGAAGCUUCAGUCCCUGCUGACCACCCUUGAUCAAUCCAGUAUUAGAGUAGGAGGAAGGCAAACGGUGCGAGCUCAGAGAGUACAAGUCCAUCCUCGGCCAUCAGUGGAACAAGUCAACGGGAUACAUCCAUCCAAUACUCAAGAACACAACAUCGAUUGUGACUUUGAAGCAGAAUCAGUUGGCGAGUUCCGGGACCGAUCUUUGGACCCGCAUUUGUCCAAGUCCGCCAUCUCUAUCCCUCGGCGUGCCUUCCUCCUCAGUAUGCGCGGAGGCACUAGAAAGCGCUCUCAGCGUGCGUUUCGUUCAUUUGGAAAUAUUCGGAGGUGCUCGCUGGCGCCUGGGCACCAAACGGCUUAUUGAAUGCACGCCUGUGUCCUGUGUGUUCACGUGUGUCCGCUCUGCAUGAUGCAAUGUACACGAACCAACGUCUUUCAUAUGGCAAAUGGAAUAGCAGUUUUUUACCUACGCAAGCAUGACCAGGUUUAUGAACUCAAUCAAAGACAAGUGGCACGUGAGAAUAACGGUUGUUCGGUAUAUAAUAAACUCUACACGACUUUAA